AUGGAAGCACCCCAAGAAAGCGAUGCCCAACGCCGCGCGCGCGAACGUCGCGAGCGCCGUCAAGCCAAGAUCGCCUCGCAAGGCGCAUCACGCCUGGAAGCCAUCACCUCGCUGAGCGGCCGCCCAGCUCCCGCAGUCGAGGAUGCCACCCCCGCGCCCAGCAAACCUGCCGCAGAACCCACCACCACCACCACCAACGCACCCGCAGCGACGACGACGACGACCACCCACCACGACACCACCGACCCGCCCGAAGUCGACAUCAGCGAGCACUACUACCAACCCACGCCGCGCCGCCUGCCCCCCUCCGCCAGCGCCUCCGGCGCCUCCACGCCCUUCGGCCCCGCCAGCGGUCGGGACAGCCCAGCGGUCGGCGGCGGCGGCGGUGGUGGUAACAUGGACGACCCGAUGAUGCUGAUGAUGCAGCAGAUGCUGCGGGGAGGAGACGCGGGCGGGCAGCCGGGAGGCGGCGGCGGCGCACCGGGAGCCGAAGAUCCCAUGAUGAAGAUGAUGCAAGCGAUGAUGGGCGGCGGUGCACCAGGCCAAGCAGCAGCGCAGCAGCAGCAGCAGAAGCAGACCAGCUCGGCGUACGUGUGGCGCAUCGUGCACGCCGUCUUCUCGUUCGGGCUGGCGGCGUACGUGGCGCUGACGUCGACGUUCGACGGGUCGAAGCUGAGUCGGAGCGCGUCGGCGUUCGGCCAAGAUCAUGACGAGGAGGCGGCGGCGGUGGGCAGGCGGUUGUUCUACAUCUUCGCGACGGUCGAGGUGCUGCUGCAGACGACGCGGUUCUUUGUCGAGAGGGGACAGCUGCAGCAGGGUGGCAUUAUGGGCACGUUGGCGACGGUGUUGCCUGAGCCGUUUGCUGGGUACGUGAGGCUGGCCGGUCGGUAUAGCGUGAUAUACACAACCGUCGUGGCGGACGCUAUGGUGGUGGUCUUUGUACUGGGAGCGAUGGCUUGGUGGAAGGGAAUGGUGGUGAACUAG